CUUUUUCCCCCAACCUCCCCUCGCCACCACGGCCCCCGCAGCCCCCUCAAAGAUCUGCCAUCCAAGCUCUGGGUGGAUUUUGCACUCCCUGGGAUCUGAGUCCAACCACAGGUCAGAGGCACCCUGUGAUUUGUAAACUUCUGACUGAGAUUAACCUGAAGCCUUCAUCUCCUAAUGGUAUUAAAUAUACCUCUGAACAGAAGGAUUACAAAAACUGGUCUGCAGUUAUGCCUCAUGGAAGACCUGCCCCACCUAACAAGAGGAAAAAGCCCUCUAAGAUCAUCACUGACCUGUCACAUGUCACUCAAGAUGAGUUUGAGCCUGAGGCGUCAGAGUUUGACCUGGGGAUGAAGAUCAAGACUCCCAAGGACACCAUGCUGGAGGAGCUGAACCUCUUCACCAACAAGGGCUCCAAGAUGUUCAAGAUGAGGCAGAAACGUGUGGAGAAGUUCAUAUAUGAGAACAACCCUGACCUCUUCGGCAGUGAGUCUAUGGAGAACUUCCAGAAGUUGGUCCCUAGCCUGGGUGGUACAAUGAUGUUGGAUGCUAGUGGCCACAUGGUGGACAAGCAAUCAGGCCCUCCUGCACCCCCUCCCAAACCAGGCAAAGAUGGGCAUGGUCAUGGUAAUGAACAUGGUCAUGAUCAUGAGCAUGGACAUGAGCAUGGUAAUGAGCAUGGGCGCCAUGGAUACCAGGGACAUGUACAUCAUGAUGAUGUUGCUCCAGGAGAACAUGGUCAUGGUAGUCAUGGAGUAGAGGUUGCCUUAGACAAAGCCAAGAAAAGGCAUGAUUAUGUUCCCUCAUACAUAUCACCGUGGGAAAAGGCCAUGAAGGGCAACCAGGAGCUGACAUCCAGCAUGAGAUAUCAUAUGCCAGUCCCCCAUGCCCACCUUGAUUUGCCCAAGUACAAGUCUUUCAACAGGAGUGCUACACCAUUUGGGGGCUUUGAUAAGGCCUCUCAGCUCAUGACCUUCCAACUGCCAGACACCCAUGAGGUGGCCCAUGAGGAGCCUGAACCAGCUGUGGUAUACCAGCAUGACAUUGGCGCUCGACCCUCCUUCAACCGCACUCCUAUAGGCUGGGUGGGAAGCAGUGAGCCCAGCAGCAUCCACAUGGAGUUGGAUGCCCUGCCCUUCGAUGGGGAGACUGACGACCUGUGAACAGCAUGCCCCACAGACCCAGAUGUGCAGACAAAGACCGCGCACAAUAUAUACAUCUACAUAAAGAAAAAACAUACACUUUUUUAGAAAGGUUUGUGAGCCAGUCAACUUUUCCUUGAGUUCAAUUCAUGAAAGAAAUAGUUUAUGAAAACAAACCACAAAGCUCAAUAUUGGGCUCUUUAAAUUAGAAUGCAAGAUAGAGAGAGAGAGAGAGAGAGAGAGAGAGAGAGAGAGAGAGAAAGAAAGAAAGAAAGAAAGAAAGAAAGAAAGAAAGAAAGAAAGAAAGAAAGAAAGAAAGAAAGAAAGAAAGAAAGAAAGAAAGAGGGGGUGAUUAGUUAAUAUGUUUGCAACAAAGAAAUCAAUCAUGAACAAAGACAUCAAUCGUGAGCCUAUUGUGUUCAACUUCCCAGUGAACACAGGAGGCUACCAUAACUGUGAUUUAUGCGUACUCUUAUUUUUUUUCCAUUAUGAUUCAUUUAGUAGGCAUAGUAUAUUGUUCAAUCACACAAGUCUCCAGCUCAGUCACGAAGCAGCAGCAUAACAUAGUUUGUCCAUGAGGAGAGACAAAUAAACAGGACUGAAGGGUUGAACUUUGUUUCGUUUUUUUCUGUGUCAGCAUGUUGCUGUGUCCACUGCUCAUUCGGGAGAGCUACAAGUUGUUCCUCUAGCUAUAGCCUUCUACCAUCAUGGUUUUUACUGUAUUUCUCUGUUUUCUGUGUUUCUGUGCCACUUUGACUUUUGACAGCUUUGUCAAGGCCCUGCAAAUCCAGCAGCCUAGCCUAGGAUGCAUGCAGUAAGCGUGAGGUGUGCUAAUUUCUGUUGCGUGAUAGAGAUUGUGAUGAACUAAUACAGUACUGCAUCACCCAAGAUUUCUCCCUAAUAAACUUUUUCCAAUUGUA